AUUUUCUUUUUUUUGCCCUAGAAGACGUUGAAGUCUUCCCGGAAUCUAAACUGCCAAGUUUUAGCAUUUGAAGCCACUCACCGAAAGACAUCGGUGGCUCUGAGAGCAAGUGGCGCUGGCAAGCGUGGCGUGCAAGAUUCUGUUCAUAGUGGAAGGUUGUGUGGUGAACGGGUGUCACUCAUGACCUAUAGAACUAUAUAUUGCUGAAGGAACGAAGGAGUUGGGCUAGUGCGGUUGCAAUACUUUUUUUUAUUGAUCAUGAGAACCUUAUUCGCUGGAAAUCGAUGGCAACAGUGACUGUGAGCAUUUGAUUUGUUGUAUGGCCCUCGCCAAUGCCUCCAAACUUCUCCCGACCGUGGACGGAGUCGGAACGCGCGUCAUCCGUGGUCCACACUGGAAAUGGAGCAAACAGGACGGCAGAGAAGAUCACGUUGGCACCGUCCGAACGGUUGAAAGCCCCGAAGAAGUAGUCGUCGUCUAGGACAACAGCACACCAGCAAACUACCUAGCGUUUUCAGAAUGCGUGGUAUUUUGUCAAUUAAUGUCCGCAUUUCCACUGUAGGUUGUGAGUUUUGCGGAGUGUUGUGGAAGAGGGGUACCGGAAGUGCCUCAAGCAACAAACAAGACGUGAGACUCACAACGCGGAUUUUGACAAAUUACAACAGCUGCAAGACAUAAAGGAGCAAACCAUGUGUCCCGUGUGUCUCGACCGACUGAAAAACAUGAUUUUUCUCUGCGGACACGGUGCCUGUCAGAUGUGCGGCGACCAAAUGUCCGAGUGUCCGAUCUGUCGCGAAAUCGUCGAGAAACGGAUUCUGCUCUACUGAUGAUCCACGAAGAAAAACGGUGCCAAAAUUGUGAAUACCUACACCAGUCCUCCUUUUUUGUGACGAAUUUCUCGAGUAUUAUCUUGACAAGUCAGUCCACCCGACGUUUUUGUGGAGAUAUCGCAUUUCGAGUACAGUACUGUAUCCUGGUAUUUUUAUUUACAGUAUUUGACGUUGAGUCGAAUUUUAUGACACCGUGAUUUUCGCUGUUUCUUUCGAUGACUAGAUUUCCUAAUCAUGACGAAAGUUGAUUGAAAUUCCUGCGUUAAAUUGUUCGAAGAGGAUGCCAAUUUCGUGAUUUUUUCGAAGAAACGGGAGUGUUUUUUUUUUUUUUCAAUUGUGAUUGUAAGUUUCUGACGAAUGUUUUCUCCUGGAGUUCGGUGAUCAUUUUGUGUGGAAUUGUGGAAAUCUGACGUUAUGAUUUGAGAUUGUCCUUUAUUUUCUUUCAUCUCCCCAUUUCUUGCUUGUGUUUUGAAAAGUUUUCUUAAAUUUCAGAAAAUGACUCCGAGAUGUGUGAAAGUGCAGACGGGAGGAGUGUUUUAGAUAAUCUUGAUAAAUCAUUCUGUGAAGCUGACCCAGCGAAUUUCGAGGAUACUGCUUGGACACUGAUCAAGAAGAGGCUGAAAGAAGAGGAAAAUGUGUCUUCUAGAAGCUACUUGUCCUUCGGAUCGUCUGCUAAAUGGCGAAGAUAUUCAAGUUUUGAACAAGCCGGGCCAGUUUUCGUAAAGCAUGGCUGUGAAACGAACUCUCAGAACGGGAAACUAGUCGUUGGAUGCGUUGUAUCUCAUUUCUGUACUUUAAUGUGAUGUUUGGGUAGGACGUGGUGCAGUAUUAGCUAGUCAUUGGUCCGCUUUAAAAAUUUUGUUGCAUUUUUGUAUGCGCGUUUGAGUUUGGUGAUCAUUUCUGCAAGUUUCGAACGCAAUAUUUUUGGGGAUGAUGUAUUCUCGUACCGUUUUAUAUGCUCGGGACUGAGAUGUCCAAUCCGGUAUCAAUUCAGCUUCCGUCUCAUGCUGAUUUGUGUUGCUUGAAACUUGGUUGCUAUAUUUUUAUUCGACGUGAAUCAAACUGUGAAAUGAUUUUCUUCGUGAUGAUUAUUGAUGAGUUUUGGCACCCCACUGACGUAAUGCUGAAAACUUGAUCAUUUCAGUUCGAGAUUUUAUGCGCUUUUGUGGUUGUAAGAGUCUGCACUAAGAAACAUGAGUGAUGGGGAAGUGCUGCCCCCUGGAUGGGAAAAGCGGGUUAGUCGCUCAACAGGGCAAACUUAUUACCUGAACACUUACACUAAGGAUAGUCAGUGGGAUGCCCCCACAGAGGCAGCAAAGCAGCCGAGCUCUGAAAAGGUCCAGUGUUCCCAUUUGCUGGUGAAGCACAGGGACUCUCGCAGGCCAUCGUCCUGGAAAGAAGAAAACAUCACGAGGACCAGAGACGAAGCUUUGGAGCUUAUCAAAGGCUUCCGUGAGAAGUUGGAUGCAGAGUCGGCAACAUUCGAGGAAUUGGCGUCCGUGCAUUCGGAUUGUUCUUCUGCCAAACGUGGCGGUGAUUUGGGUCCGUUCGGACGAGGAGCCAUGCAAAAGCCCUUCGAAGAAGCCGCAUUUGCUCUCAGAGUCGGGGAACUGAUUGAAGAAUUGUGUGCUCGGGCUGUGAAGCUUAGCCCCGAAAUCCCGUGGAGUGAUCAGAUCAUUUCUUUCCGAUGUUCUCGCUUCUCCCCGCGCCAAGAGCGUGAUAUUCUGGCUGCCGAAUUGUUGGUGAUGUUAACUGCGGACAAGUCUAGGAGUAGGGCCAGCACUUGCUCGUUUACGAACCGCUAUGCUAAGUUGAACGACGGUCGGAAGUCCAGCGCCUAUAAAGAAGACGCUUAUGAAGGUUGUCUGAAGGAGCAAUAUACCCCACAAUUAUUUGCCGGAAGAAACAUAUUCCUCGAAGUGAACCACUAUAAAGAAGUUGCGUUUUUUCAAGCUGAUUUGGAACAGCUUGGGGCGCACUUCGAAGACUUCUUCUCGGACAAGGUGAAUUGCGUGAUCUCCGACAGCCAAGACGCGUACGAGGAUUGGUGGCGAAGUCACGCAGAUCCGGCCCGUAUCAGGCGAUAUCAAGCUGCUCACGACUCUUUCAACUACGAGCAGCAACAACGUAGUGUGCCUCAAGUUCACCCGAGGCCUCCUCCCUCCGUUUCCUCUAGAACCUUCGGUACUAGGAGUGCAUUGAUCUUGUCCCGUCUGAGCAAAGACGAAGAGAGCAGGAAACCAGGGCGAGAAGACGAAAGAAAGCGAUCUGACAGCAAGGUGUUAGAGCGGGCGCGCAAAAACGGAGUCGCUGUUUGGCCACUUGCUUGGGUUUUGAAGUAUUUGUCAGAGCUGCGUCUCAAGCACGGGCUGGUGAACGUCGGACCGUGUUUGAGGUCGGACGGAAAGCGAAGAAAGCUCGAGAGUCCGUUUAUCAAGUUCCAGGAUGCCAGAGGGUGGUCUGGACCAACUUUGCGAGAGCUGAAGAAAGUGCCGGUUCUCAACCUGGGCAACGCUCUCGGUCGCGGGGCGUCUGUUUGGUGCGACAUCAAGGACGCGGCUAGACUGAAGUACCCUAUUUUGUAUCCCGGACUUGACGCCAGGCUGCGAACGGAUUCGACGUCGGGGAAGACGGACGGCGCAGCUGUGACGCCGUUGUCAACGAAGGAGCCCGGCGGCGGGCUGGCGGCGGCGCGUGGGCGGAUCCGCCGCCAGUUCUGCGACUACUGCCGCAUCAACUUUACUGACUACCUUAAGCACGUCGCAUCGUCCCGACACCGUUCUUCGGCGGCAGCCACUGUAGCCGGCACCAGUGGAACCGUGAGUGGUGCUACUGCACCGACUGGCCUCAAGUCUGCUCGAGUCCGAAGAGCCUUUGCAUCGGCCCCGACCGUGUCCCACUUUUACGAAAGAGUCUGUGCCAACAGCAAUAACAACUGUCGUCCCAGGAGGUUGUCCGCUGCUGCGUCUACGAAUCACAAGGACGCCACGGACGACCAGCACGGCGACAACGGCGGCGAGUUUGACGGCAUCGAUUCCAUAAGUGUGGUGAGUUGCGGGAUGAGGUUGGAGAACUCUGGAAGAAUGGGCCAGCAGCACUCGUGGGCUCCUAAUUACUGCUUCAGGGCACGGGCAACCGCCGCUUCCGCUCUGCCGACAGAAGAUGUCGACUCGAAACAUUUGCGAGGACGCCGUGUGGCUGUGGCGCACCAGAAUGGCGGAGGUGUCAAUGGGACAGCUAUUGACUCUGGCGGUCCUUCCACCAGGUCCAGGAAAUUCUCAGAGUCCGGCUUUGAGCCGGGCGGUGGCGUUCCUAAGCGCCGGAAGGUGGAAGUGUCUUAUCAGCAAACGAAGAAUAGUGCGAUAUCAAUUCGGUUGAGGUCGAGUGACGCGAGUUGCACAAAUGGAUAUGCACUGACUUCGGACGAGGAGGAUGAUGAAAGGACAGCAUCACCUCGACGACAACGUGGAGACUUCAAACGCUGUGUUAAAAGCCCGAGUGGGGAUGAGGGAGAGAACCAAGGACGUCACAUGCGCUUGAGACUCAGCAAUGCCGGUGGGGGUUGCAAUUGGACUGUCGACCAUGCCACGGGGAAGAAACGUCGCAGUGAAGUCGAAAGUCUCCUUGAGGAGAACAGGUCCAUCAUGGGUUUGGGUCUGGGUGAAAGCCGUGCCCAAACGGACCAUGCCUUGAAAAAUGGUUCAUCGGAUGUGGGCAGGUACACGUUGGCGGGGUCGCUGAGCCCGAAUCGGUCGACGGGUGACGUGACGAAACCGCUCUCUGUGUGCGUGACGGACCUACUGAUGUCGCCAACGUCGUCGAGCGUGCUGGCUGGGGCACGAGACGGCGGCGGUGGAACGACGACGACAACAUCAUUUGCGACAGUCUUGGAAGCCAAAGAAGACGGACUUGACAAGGUGGAGACGGAGGACGACGACGUGUGCGAAGUUGGCUCGUUUUCUGUCGAUGGCCUCGGAUACACGUUCCAGUCGGGGAUCCCGCAUUCCCCGAAUUUCACGCAACAACAGGCGUGGAGCGAUUGUAUCGUGGAUGCGGGACAGCCGUCUGCGACGGACAAUCACCGUUUGUGGUACUCGGACUUGGAUACUUUCCCGCCUGGGGACGACACUGAGUACGUGUUCCCGGCGUAUCCGCACGAGUUGCACCCGGACGUGCUCCGGAGUCGAAUCCAACGGGCCGCACGGACGGUGUCCUUCCAGGAAACAUCUGCAGCAGAAGAAGACUAUGGCGUCGAUGACGAAGAGGCGCCCUCUCGUCCACGUCGCCGCCUCAAGGGCGGCACCCGGAAGAGUCCCCGGUGUCACGCGAGCACAGUCGGCAUGUUGUUGGACGAAAUGUCGCCGGUGCGAGCUGGAAGGGCGGUGGAGAGUCUGUCUGCGGGACGACGGAUUGACGAUGAUUCGGGCGGCAGCAGCGCCGAGUCGAGUUUCAGCUCGUCGCCGGACAAGGCCAAGUUGGCUGGGUUUCGACGACCGCCGCCGGCGGAAAACGGCGUCCAAGCUUUCGGGCACGCGCUGGUUGGCCAGGUUGAACAGGUGAGCAACGACGACCUGGAUUUGGUGGGUGUCAUUGCGCCAUCGUUCGGGUUCAAUUACUGCCCGGUGACGGGAAAGUUUUACGAGGGUAGUCGAAAGCCGGAUCCUCAACAGUAUCAUCAGCAACGAGGCCGCCGCGGGGCAUCCCGUGGCGGCUGUAAGGACGACCCUUCUAUGCGUGCGGCCAAAGUCAUCAGUGUGAAGCAGUUCUUGGAGGAAGUGUCACCUACUGUUGCCGAGGAAUUCAGGGAAGCGCUGCGGAGUCUGGAAACUGCCGAAGAUGAGCCCCGCGUGUCUGAGAUCGAUCCGAAUCAGGCUACGAGGCUGGAACAGAGUCUUAACAAGGUCCUGGACGCGGGUACAGCUCCUUCGACGCCAUGUCCGAAGAAACGUAGGACGAACAGGACCGGUUGGCCGAGCCAACCACGAAGCCGACAAAAACCACCACAACAAACACACCAGCAUUCGCAGCCGUCGACGUCUCCCACUAGACAACGAUCUCUGCGUUCUUCUCUCCCGUCAUCUGUGCGGGCGUCGCGUGUGACGUACGCAGAAGCAGAGGAGGAUGAAGAAGAAGAAGAAGAAGAAGAGGAGGCGGAAGAAGAAGCAGAAGACAACGGCGAUGAAGGAGGAGGGAAAGAGAAUGAAGACGAAUCUGGCGACGAAGAGGAGAGUGAGGAAGAGGAGGAAGAAGAGUCGUCGUUGCCUGAGCGAAAAAAGGUGUUCCCUCGUCGGAGUCGCAGGAAAGCCAGACAGGCGUACUUUUUGCGACACUCCUGAAAAGCCACUUCGUUUUAUCGACUAGUGGUUUUCUUUCUUCGCUUUUUUUUAAAGAAGUGCGUUCAAUUUUGUUGUUGAUGGCUGCAUAUUUUUUAUCCGGAUGUGCUUUUUGUUUUUUCCUACCUGAGCAGAGAGGAAAAAGUCGUAUGCAAUUUUUUCCCUGCCUUUCUUUGCGCUUAGUCUUCUUUGCUUCCGCUUGGAGAGCUGUGAUGAAUUUACUGGAAGCAGUUUUUUUAGAUCUCUGAAAUUUACGUGCUUUUUUCAUAAGACCAUGUUUACGAUUCCAGUGAGUUCAUGUUUGGGUUAGUCUGGGAUCAGCAAUUUUGCGUAAGUUUACGGUGUUCUUUCAAUUAGGAGAAUGUACGGAUGAGCACUUCUUGUUAAUGGUGCCACUGUUUGUAUGUGGUGUUGGGUACCAAGUGCUUUAUCAUCAUUGAUAUUUAUCAAACAGGUUGUAAAGCCUUGGUUAUGUUACAGUAAAUGUGAGGUUGCCUGGUCAGUACCAGUUGGACCUGAACUGCUCUGAGAAGCUCUCUUAAAGUCCCCAGUUUCAUAGGUUUUUUUUUUUCAAGUUGAACUAGUGUAUCAAGAUAUGCACUAUUUUUGAAUUGCUAUGUUCGUAGCAGGUUGUCAAGAGAAAAAAUUACUACUUUUUUGUUACGAUCGAGAAAUUUCUCCGGUAUGAGAGCUAAGAGUAAACUGAAGGCAUUGCUCCAUUUGAGUAAUCUUAAAAUUUAUGUGUUUUCAUGAACUUGGUUCUCCUUGUGAUCAUAUUUUAAUACUGAAGCACGGUAUUCAAUGUUCAAGAGAAAGUUUUGAAUCUGAAUAUGAACUUACUGGAAUCAUUCCUGUUUUUUUUUCUGGGUAUAGUAAGUUUGUGCGUAUAUUUAUUUUUUGGAUUCAGCAUAACCUUGGGUUUGUAAGAUACAAUCGGAGAUGGUUAGUCUCGAUUUCAGUCAAUAUUCGGGGGCUAAGUGAAAAUGCAGCCUCGGGUUCAAAAAAUCAUUUUUUGAGGGGAUUUUUUGAACAGUUUUAUUUUGCGUUGCAAAGGCAGCUUCAACUGGUGGAAUUUUUGAACGCUUGGUGGUUCUUCCUUCUUCAGAGGCAUUCCUUUUUUUAGCAUUUCAUUUUUUUUGGAAGGGUCUCUUUUUUUCAAUGAUCUCAGGCUUACAAUUACGGAGCAAAGGUGUUAGCUGUUGAAUUUAAGUAUGUCGUUGUUGCAAACAAAACAAAAGUAUCGCAAACCCUUUCUGCCUUGUGGAAAUUUUGCUCAUGCGUGAGAUGGUUUCUUUUUAUCGUGAAACGAAGAAAAUAUUCUGCAAAAAAAUACGGCAAUUGUUCAUGGUCGGUUUUUUUUCUGUGUAAAGUGGCUGGCUGUUACCCCACCUGUGUCAAUGUUACCAGGGUUCCCUUGAUGCAAAAUCUUCUCUGCUUGCAAAAUGGAUCACUCACCUGAGAACUGCCGAAACCCGAGUGUAACAUAAGUAAGGUUAGACUAUCGAACUCCUGGAGCAGUGGUUCCCACGCUUUUCUUUAUUUGUAAAGUUCUUUUUCUAUAUAGAUUGUAUCUGUGUCGUCUUCUGCCAACUUUUAAAUGUUAAAAAAUCAUGACACCCAACUAGUGAAAUAGUUUUAUUUAAUUUCAGAAGUAAUUACUUUCAUGUCUUCCUUGAUGAAUAUUGUGUCAUUUUAUGUUCAACUGAAGUCAGGAAGGGAACUACUGCUCUGUAGAAGAUUUUAAAAAUGUAGUUUGAAGACACUUUCUCCUGCUGAAGAAUUUCUUUACCAUGUAAAGUUUCAGUUUCCAUAUUCAACAGGCGGUUUCAGUUAGUUUUAAUUCGAGAAUUUUCUUCAUCAAUCCCGUGUUUCAUGAUUUGUUACUGAUGAGUGUCUUCUCGACUUGCAAAUACUGAAGGAAGUUUGAUCAACGAAUAUCUGCAGUCUCGCAAGCAAGCAUCAUUUGUUAUUCGCAUAUUUUUUGUCGUUGUCGAGUGGUUCUCUGUGUUGAAAGGGGAGGAAAAACAUUGGCCUGCUGAAUUAUGUAAAGCGGGCCCAGUCUUUGUUUCAUUCGCGAGACUGUCCCUUAUCUGGUUGGGAAAUUCGAGAUGAUUUUUGGUAGAAAAGAAAGACGAAAAAAAGAAGAGAAAUCAAGCCGCAGAAAGUGAAUUUCGAAAAAGAGGCGGAAAAUAUACUGUGUUCCAUUA